UCUCACACUCGCUCUCGCCCGGCCAAGGCCAACUACUACAAGCACCCCGAACAAGCCGCAACUGUUACAUCCCCCUCCUCCACGCACCAUCACAGUAGAGCAGAGACCUAGUCGCUCGCGCGGCGCGGGCAAUCCAAACCUUUCCUUAUUCUUGCAAGGUCUCGGAAACGGAAAGGCCCCUGCUCCGCUGCGCGUUUGCGAGUUUGGGAAGAAGCCUUGCCUGCCGGAAGGGGGAAAACGAGAUGGGGCGAGGGCGCAGCGAGAUAAAGAGGAUCGACAACCCCACGCAGCGCCAGUCCACCUUCUACAAGCGCAGGGACGGCCUCUUCAAGAAGGCCCGGGAGCUCGCCGUCCUCUGCGACGCCGACCUCCUCCUCCUCCUCUUCUCCGCCUCCGGCAAGCUCUACCAGUACCUCGCGCCCACCGUCCCCUCUGUCAAGGGGUUUGUCGAGAGGUACGAGGCUGCAACGCACACCAAAGUUUGGUCCGACAUCCGCCAGGAGAGGCGCGCCGAGCUGGAGAAGGUGGCCAAGAUGUGCGACCUCUUGGAGAAGGAGCUGAGGUUCAUGACGGUGGACGACGGGGAGCAGUACACGGUGCCGUCGCUGGCGGCGCUGGAGCACAACCUGGAGGCGGCCAUGCACAAGGUGCGCUCCGAGAAGGACCGCAAGAUCGGGGGCGAGAUGAGCUACCUCGAGAACAUGAUCAGGGGGAAACAAGCUGAGCGCUACGGCCUAUGUGACAAGCUCGCUCAUGCUCAGAGCCUGAAGGUCGUGGAAGGCGGAUCCACCUCGCUGAACAACGGUCUGGACCUCAAACUUGGAUUCAACUAGGAACGGGUGAAAGCUUCUGGCCGUGGGGUUCUGCUCUAGUGUUGCUGUUGAGCUCGAGUGUUAUGUCAGGUUCAAAUAUUCUGCAAUUUCCUUCGAAGGGAUUGUAUGAACUUGUAAGAGACCACUGUCUUAUGAGAUGUUUGGCUUAGGCUGGACUGGGCUGUGCUUUGUACCUCCAAUAGGUGGAAUGUGAUACCAGUCCAGUAUUGCAAUAAUGUAGCUAACGGUCACUUCAUGGCCUCCUUUCAUACGUUCUUCGUCAAUGUGGACAAUUCGUGUUUUUCUCGAUUUCUGCUGCUUAUUGUGUGAUGUUCUUGAUUA